AGUUGUUAAGGGUUUAGCUUAUUUCAUUUCUUUCUCAGUUCUCCCUCCCUCUCACACACAAACAGAGAAGCUGGGGUUUUAGGGUUGUUGUUGUGGUUCCAAAUGGAUAGAUACCAAAAAGUAGAAAAACCGAAGCAGGAAUUACCCAUAAAUGAGAACGAGAUCCGAAUCACUUCACAGGGUUUGGUUCGUAACUACAUCACCUAUGCCACUACUCUUCUUCAGGAGAGGCGUGGGAAAGAGAUUGUCUUGAAAGCAAUGGGUCAGGCAAUUAGUAAAACAGUUGCUAUAGCAGAGAUCAUUAAGAGAAGAAUGUCUCAACUGCAUCAAGACACGGCUAUCAGCUCAGUAAGCAUAACAGAUGUAUGGGAGCCUCUCGAAGAGGGUCUUUUGCCUGUAGAGCAGACCCGCCAUGUGUCAAUGAUUUCGAUCACCUUGUCAGCAAAGGAACUGAACACGAAUUCUCCUGGGUAUCAAGCUCCUUCCGGGGUUGAGAUUGAACAAAUGAAGCCACAGUACAGAAAUUACCAGCCUCAACUGCAGCAGCAACCACCUAGACAAACACGGGCAGUCUACUAUGCUGGUAAUGAAGAUUCAUAUGGGCGAGGACAAGGACGAGGUCGUGGUAGAGGGAGGGGACGUGGUUGGAGCAGAGGUGGAUAUGGAAACUAUCAAGAAAAUAGUGAUUACUCGAACUGGGGCCGGGAAAAUGGUGGUUACUCAAACUGGGGUCGAGGUGGGGGCCGUGGUGGAUGGGGAUAUCCUGGCUCUGAUUAUGGAAGAGGCAGGGGUGGAGGUGGCAGAGGUUAUGGCCGUGGCCGUGGACGAAUGGGCCCCCGUCCAAGAGGAGGUGGCAACCAGGCUUAGUUGGGAAUUGGCACUCUGUUUUUUUGCACACUUGCCUUGGCUUAGUGGUUCUUUCUGUCCAAAAGUAUGUCUAAAGAAAAGCAUGAAAUUGUGGGUUGUUUCAUCUUGGGUUAAGCAGUGAUUGUGUUGUUUUUUCAGCAUCGUGGAAUGUGGGAAAAGCUUAUAUCCUCUAUUUGCUUUUAAUGAAGCCAAGGUCAAGUAGCCAAUUUCUGAUUGCUGUCUAUUCAUUCACUGUGGUUGCAUUGUUGUGGCUGUAUUUAUACAAGUAUAGGUUAUUUUUUUCCUUG